GUCAAAUGACCAAAGUCAAACUAAACUAAAGCCAGUCAGUUUAAUGUCACUGCUGCUAUCAGUAUACUGUAAAUACGUAUUUUUUUAAUAAAUUGUGUAAAUUGUUAAAACAGACGUAUGCCAAUAGGAAAACAGUGUACUACAAGAUUUGUGUUGGAAAUUGCGAUUAAGAAACUAAUGUCAAGUUGAAGGAUUCAAGUUCGUAAUUGCUUGAUUGAAGAUACAUUUAAUGAAUCUGUGUCAACAAUAAUAGAAAGAAAAGUAAGAGGUUGGUUAAGUGGAGUGAUUGACGACAUGCGGCGAAGUAGUCCAGUGCAACAGUGGCUGGAUUCCCUGCCAGCUGAUGAUACAGUCGCACCUGAAGAAACUAGUGAAGAAGUAAAGAUUUCAGAGCCCAAGUCUGAUGACAAUGAUAGCAAAGCAGAUGAAACAGUAACUGAGAACACAGUUAUAGAACCUAUCAAAGAUGAGCUCCAAGAUGACCAGAACCUAGAAGUUCCUUUAAAAGAAGCCUGGAAAAGGAAGUCACUUGAUAGUGGGUUACUUACUAGCACUCCUCAAAGAACAAAUGUUAAAAGACUGCAGCGGGACCAUUCAAUACAAUCAGAGGGAUACUCCCCCAAGUUUAAGAAUCCAUUAUUUAGGGACCAUUCUUUGCAGUCUGAUAAUAGUGGUUCAAGUGGAAGCUCAGUUUUAAAUGUACUGGGAGCUCGAAAAGUUGAUGCUGAGUCUGUACUGCUUGCUUUAGGCUUUGGACCAAGUGAAAAGCAGCAAAAAUUGCAAAGAAUCCCUGACAGAUUUUUAGCACCAUCUAAACUCAAAGGUAUAAGUACAGAAGAUUUUAUAAAGAAAGAGCAGCACUCAAUGCGGAUGCAUGAUUGUGGUAUAUUUGGAUAUAGAGGUCUUACUGGGAAUCCUCAUGUUCCACCGUCGACAAUUGUAGCUAAAAUAAUAGGUUGCAUCCUUCAAGAUGAGGUAUGUCGUGAAGAGGCGUUAAUAAAAUCCAGACACUCGAUAGCAGACAUGCGAACUCAACCAAACCUCAGUGCAAUUCUCGCCGCGCGUAUGCGCCACAACUAGAUAAACAAUCGUGACCUUACCUGCCUUUGUAUAAACAACACUUCAACCCGAAUUAUAAGCACAUUAUUUAAUUCGUGGUAUAAAAAUAUCGGUUGUUAAAUAAGCAAUGCAAUUCCCAAUGUAAUUCCCAGUUUAAGCUCAAAAUUACACGCUCAACGUAAAAUAUUGUUAUUGGUGAAGGGAUAACUAAUUUAUUUAUAUGUAUAAUAAGAAAAGACUUAUACCAUUGAAUGGAACAUUUCUAAAGUAAACCCGACUGUUAAUUACAAAACCAAAUCACAAUCUGUAGUAAACCUAAGGUUAAAAGAGUUUAUUAAUGUUAAAGUUCCGAUAUUUUAAAGAGUAUCUAAAUCUUAUAUUUCUUGUACUACAUAGAAUUAGGGAUCAUACAUUUUUGACAAGUUUUAAACAGUAAAAGUAGUCGGAUGUAAUGGAAUACCUCUUCCUUACAAUAUUCUAAAAUAUAGAUAUUUAUUAGAAGUCAAUAAAAAAUUUAAUAGAAAUAAAUCUAUCAUUUCCUAUGACUAUUUCUGAGCUUAUUGUAAAUAACUUAAAAUUCUACGUAUUUAAAUAAAAGAACUUACGUAAUGUUAAGCCAAAUGUUAUUGAUUGUACUUAUCGCUUCAUAUUUAUGACGUAGGUGUAGUGCAAAGACUAUAUUAUGACUAUUGUUUGUUUGUAUCCUAGAACCUAGAUACUUUUGGGUCAUAUCAAACUUGCCUGAAUAUAAAAAUGAAAUCUGAUUUAGGUACCUAAGUGUUUUGUGAUAGUGAUGUAAAUAGUGUUAUAUUUUCUUAUUAUAAUUAUUGGUAUUUAUUUCUAAAAGUAAUAAAUUUUAAAAAUUUAAUUUCAUUGUAAUGCAUUUUAUCUACUGUAGAUAUUUAGUAUGUAAAACAAAGCUUUUAUCGGCGUUGCGAUGAGAUACAAUCUCUGAGAAUUUUGUGAUGUAAGAUGUGACUCGAAUAUAUGUAUAUCAUUUUAUUGUUUGUUAAUUCAAUUGGAAAUUGUAUUUAGUGAAUUGCAAUGGGGCAGUCAUUUGUCAUAAAUACUAACAAAUGAUAGCUUAGUUCAAACAAAGAUUUUGCACAGAACUUGAAAUAAGGUACUGCUGGUCCAGUGCAAGUAAACAAAUUACUUAAAAGUAGCUAAUUGAAAGUCUUGAACCUAUGGGAACUUGAGCAUUGUGAAGAAUGUGAAGACCUUUUAAUGCCUAUAAUAAUAUUAUACCGUUUGGAGUAGGUAUCAGGGAGGUCUGGCAAAAUAUGGCCUCCCCUCUAAAUGCGUUUUGCCCUUCAUACCAAAACACUUGUUAGUUAUGACAGACAGUGAACAAAAUAAUUAUAAAAUUUAUUUAUGAUCUGAAUUUCUUACUUACUUAUUCGAUUAUGUUGAUGACUUAAUAUGAAAAUAAGAUUUUAUUUACUUGUGCCUUAUAUAAAAUCGGUACUUGUAUAAUUUAAGGUGAUUCAAAUCAUUCCUAAUAAUAAAUGUGCAUUGCAUUUCGACGGUAAAUAAAGUUGUCUAUGAUUACCAAUUUACCACUGCUGUGUUACUGUACUAAGCCAAAGCUUUUAAAGUCUUCUAAAGGGAUUAAAUGGUAUUCCAAAUUGACCAAGUAAUCACUUUGAAGGAUUUUAAAACAACAUUCCUAAGAUUAAAAUGUUCAGGAAGUGAAAUGCAGUGUUGAUAGAAGCGUUUAACGAUAUUUAAUUAUAGAAUUUAUGAAUGUUAGAACAAAAUAUUAAAUUUUAUGUAAGUUAAUAGCUUAGGUAGGUUCCGCUCACUUCCUGAAGCCAAGGUCUGUAGAUAAACUGGCCUUAAACUAUUGUGAUGUGGUUAAUGUGACCUGAUCCUUAUAUGUCAUAUUAUUUUUGCUCAUUAAAUUAGGUACUUAACUGUAUUAUUUGAAGAUCUGAAUAUGAAUGUGUGUGUCGAAUCAAUUGUAAACUGAAACCCAG